GUCCGGCUGAAGAUGCUGUAUGCUGCCACCAGAGCGACGGUGAAGAAGGAGUUUGGCGGGGGGCAUAUAAAGGACGAGAUGUUUGGAACAGUGAAGGAGGACGUGUCCCUGAGCGGUUACCAAAAGCACGUGUCCUCCUGCUCCGCCCCAGCCCCGCUGACUGCAGCCGAGCAGGAGCUCCAGCAGAUCCGCAUCAACGAGGUGAAGACGGAGAUCAGCGUGGAGAGCAAGCACCAGACCCUGCAGGGCCUGGCCUUCCCCCUGCAGCUGGAUGCUCAGCAAGCCAUCCAGGCGCUCAAGCAGAAGAAAAUCAACUACAUCCAGCUGAAGCUGGAUCUGGAGCGGGAGACCAUCGACCUGGUGCACACAAGCCCCACGGAGAUCGCUGACUUGCCCAAGAGGAUCCCGCAGGACUCUGCUCGCUACCAUUUCUUCCUGUACAAGCACUCACAUGAAGGAGACUAUCUGGAGUCUGUCGUCUUUAUCUACUCCAUGCCUGGGUACAAAUGCAGCAUCAAGGAGCGCAUGCUCUACUCCAGCUGCAAGAGCCGGUUGCUGGACACCGUGGAGCAGGAGUUUUGCCUGGAGAUAGCUAAGAAGAUCGAGAUUGACGAUGGAGCCGAGCUGACGGCAGAGUUCCUCUACGAGGAGGUGCACCCCAAGCAGCAUGCCUUCAAGCAGGCCUUCGCCAAGCCCAAAGGGCCCGUGGGCAAACGGGGACAGAAGCGGCUGAUCAAGGGGCCAGGCGAGAAUGGUGAGGACAGUUAGAUCCCGCAGGACCGGGCAGUGAACGGACAGCAUCCCCGCGGCGCUUCCUGGCUUCCUCUCUGCUGACCUGGGGAUCUUUCCCUCUAUCUCAGCCUAUUUUUUUUUCCCCCCUUCUUUU